UAGGAGCCCUGCGCCGCCGCCGCCGCCUCCGCCGCCUCCCGGAGCGAGCCAAGCGCGUGUGACCAGAGGCUGCGAGCGGGAGGGGAGGGGUCUGCAGGAGCGCGGCAGAGUCACCGCCCCUGUCCACUCUGUCGGCGCUGGCGGCCGAAGCGCGGAGCGAAGCGGAGCCUCCGCCUUCCUCCGUUCGGGCUCUGAGGCGAUGGGCUGAGAUGUCUGGGAACCGAGAGAUGCGCAUUGCCUCGCCGCGGCGAGGACCAAAAUGCCAGAGCUAGGGACUGGCAGCCUGAGAGGGGAGUCGGCGUGCACUGAGGCCGAGCCUGCUGCUGCUACUGCUGCGGUGUUUGACCUGUCGGGAAAAUACGGGGUUUGGGACCCCCGGCUCUUCGUCCUCCCCACCCCUGCCUGCCCAGGAAGACGCCUUCUCACUAGUUCGCCCUUCCUGCCCCUGAUCGGGGGUGAGACAUGCCCGCGAGCCGGGGAGAUAUGUUCCGGAGCAGCCUCCUACUCCGCCUGGACAAGCGGGCUUGCUGAAGCCGGAGCCUGAGGGACCAUGGGAGGGACGCAGGUCAAAUGUCUGACAUCACCAAGUCCUAUCCACAGUGCAAAGAGUGAGUCCAUUAUAUCCCAGUCGGAGGAGAGGGCAGAUUUUGUGAUUAUCCCUUCUGAAGGACAGGAGAACAGAACAGAUGAGACAGAUUCUCCAUUUUCUCGUGACUGGCUAGCAGGGAGCCCAGGAACCUAUCUAGAGACUUCAUGGGAAGAUCAGCUGCUGGAGCAACAAGAACAUUUAGAAAAAGAAAUGGAGGAAGCAAAGAAAAUGAUAUCUGGACUCCAGGCCUUGCUGCUUAAUGGGUCCCUGCCUGAAGAUGAACAAGAGAGACCCUUGGCUCUCUUUGAACCAGGAGCCAACCCUGAAGAGCAAUUGAUCAUAAUACAAAGUCGUCUAGACCAGAGCUUGGAAGAAAAUCAGGACCUCAAGAAAGAGUUGCUGAAAUGCAAACAAGAAGUCAGAAAUUUGCAAGGAAUAAAGGAUGCUUUGCAACAGAGAUUGACUCAACAGGACACAUCUGUUCUUCAGCUUAAACAAGAACUUUUGAGAGCAAAUAUGGACAAGGAUGAGCUACACAAUCAGAAUGUAGAUCUUCAGAGAAAACUGGAUGAGAGGAGCCGCCUCUUAGGAGAAUACAAAAAAGAGUUGGGACAAAAGGAUCGUCUCAUACAGCAGCACCAGGGGAAACUGGAGGAAGCUCUCAGGAAACUUUCUGAGGCCAAUUACCAACAGUUCGAUCUAGAACGGGAACUGGAACAAAAGGACGUCCUCUUGGCACACUGUAUGAAGAGAGAUGCCGAUGAGGUAACCAACUACAAUAGUCACAAUACUCAAAGCAAUGGGUUUUUCCUCCCAAUGUCUGGGAAAGGAUCUGCUUCAGCUGCCCACAGAGGGGCCAAUGACCUGCAGCUUGUCCGAGAUGCUCUGCGGAGCCUGCGCAACAGCUUCAGUGGCCAUGACCCCCAGCACCACACCAUUGAUAGCCUGGAACAAGGCAUCUCCAGCCUCAUGGAGCGCCUGCACGCGAUGGAGAUGCAGAAGAAACAGGACAAACGGGUUCGGGGUAAAUCACCAAGAGGUAGUGAAUACCGGGAGUCCUGGCCCCCUAAUUCAAAAUUGCCUCAUUCCCAGAGUUCUCCAACCAUCAACCACAGUGCUUGCACUAAAGUGCUUUAUUUCACUGACCGUUCACUUACUCCCUUCAUGGUCAACAUACCAAAGAGGUUGGGGGAGGUGACUCUGAAGGAUUUUAAAGCAGCUAUCGACCGGGAAGGGAAUCAUCGAUACCACUUCAAAGCCCUGGACCCUGAGUUUGGCACUGUCAAAGAGGAGGUCUUUCACGAUGAUGAUGUUAUUCCUGGAUGGGAAGGAAAAAUUGUGGCCUGGGUUGAAGAAGAUCAUGGAGAGAACUGACAUCGACUCCCAGACUGGAGGUUUUUGGAACUUGGUCACUCUUUGGCUACUUCACUCAGGAAUGAGGAUUUAACCCAGAAGACCCUAGAAGGUUUCUAGACGUGCUGCCAAAAGAAAAGACUUUCCAAGUGAGAUGACCAGAGGCCAGCCUGUGUGUGUGGCCUGGCCUGUCUGGUUCUCAACAUUCCAUGUCUAGAUGUGGACCGUGGGUUAAUUUGGAGUGGUGACUCCCAAAUGUUGGGAAUGCAUUGUUUUGUUUUAUCCUGAUGACAACAACAAACCGAAGGCCUUAACUAAUGUGGAUGGAUAAUCCCUUCCAGUGAAGGGCAUGGCUGCUACUGUUCUAAAUCUGGGAAUCAGAUGCUUCACUCCUGCAUGUUACAGUAUUAUUUUAAUUGGCCUUUAUGGUUAUAACAAAUAUAGUUCCAGAAUUUGCACUCAAGGGCAAGGCAAUCUACCAAUUUUUCUGGUUCCCCUGCAACUUUUAUGACCCAAGAGUACACCUGAGGGUGGUACCAAAGAAGAAGGUUCCUCCUUCAAAAAUUCUUUUGGAUUGGACAUGGAUGAUGCUUAGUUCUUCAUUAGACAGUGAGAGGGCUGCCCCUCUGCUGUUUGAUGUCUCAGAUUGGUAUAAAGAACUUGGACCAACUUAUCAGAAUUGGUUCUACAGCUUGCCCUUCAAACUGCUUCCUGGGCUAUUUUGUUUUAUAUGUUGAUAGUUUCCUUGGAGGACUGUUUAAGUUAGAAACUGUUUACUUCUUCCAGCUGAUGAACUUUGCAUUUGAAAGGAAUAAGGAGUAAAAGUCUCCUUAAACAUUCAGGCGGGUAUAGAAAGGUGCUGCUACCUAUAUCUUCUUGACUUUCUUCUUCCUAUGAUUUUUCUUGACUUUACUCAGCCAUCAGUCUCUUUUUUCCUGCAUUCAGGGGACAGUCUUGCUGGCCCCAGUAUUUCUUUAUGGAGCUGGUGGAGUUGGUAUGUCCUAAAGUCUUGUCUUAGACCAAGACCAGAUAUUACUUUAAUGUUGUAUUAUUUAUCACUGGCUGACACUUAGGGUGUGGUGAGAACCAUACUACUUUUUCUGAAUGGCAGGGAAAACCACUCAGAUUCCUUUUAUUGUUGGACUUGAGUAGUACAAGAAAAGGGUUUUUUUUUCCCCUUGGGGGAAAGGGGAGAGAAUCCAGGGGGCCUGGGAGGACAAAUUCCUAAAUACCAGAUGGGAAGAUGAAUUUUCUCACCCACCAGCCAAGUGCCAUCUAAAACCAACCAGCUAUGUUUAUCAAAAGCAGGCUGGCCAUAACUGCCAAUGUACACUGCCAAACCAGAAGAGUUCUACAGAUCAGCUCUGGGUUCUUGACCCGUCUGUCUCCAGAUCAUCUCUCAUGUUCCAUUCCCAAAUCAUUUCAGAAUACUGUCCUUUGCAGCUCUGAGAUCACAUCUUGUUGUUUUUAUAUAUAGAUAUACCCUUUUAAAAAUGGUUCGUGUUUGGAGAAUUCUUUUAUAUCCAUUUGCUGUUCAUUGAGAACCCUGUCUAUUUUUAUAACAUGAAUGUGAGCACCCUCUGUAUUGUCUCACAUUCCAUAAGGUAUUCGUUUUCUAGAGAACCCAGAUAGCUAGCUUUUAUACAGGCUCUUCUUAUCAGCCUUGUGAUGAAGAAAAAAAUACAACAAAAUCCAAGUUUUUUUUUUUUAUUACAAGUGUACCAGUGACAACUAAUUUCCAGUUCCUUCAACACUACUUGUCAUUUUUAACAUUGGAGGUACUUUUGUGUAGGCUAUUUGAUGAUUCUUUCUGCUACUGGAGUUGAGAAGAUACUUUAUGCCCUUCAUUGUACAUGUAUCUCUUGCUUUUCUCACAGAGAAUGUUUUCUCAUCUGAAAUGACUGUUAAACAAAUAGUAAUUGGGAAAGUCAAUCAAAAAUAAGAGAAAUUUCACUACUGAAAGUGAGGAGAAGAACAUAGUGUAUUCUCCAUCUUUUCCAGGAUCAUCUGGGGGAAAAAAGGUUUAUCACCAAUUUCUCUGUUGCAUGAAUUUUAGUAUUUUGCUGUGACAGCGUGGUUAUCAGGCCAAAACUCUUUGUAUGUUUUACUUGUGACCUCUUUUGAAUGUCUUGCAAUUACAAAUUUUAAACUGUUCAUUUUACUUCAGUCAAUAAUCAUGCUGUUAGGUAAAAUAUCUUCAUUUUCAGAGAAAAAUGACUAAAUCCAAGUCACGAUUCUCCACCUUCUCUAGCCUCGAUUCUGCUCCCCUUUUGGAAAGGAGUAUGGCAUUAGCCCAGCGCAAAGAAGAAAUUUCUUGGGAGGAGAAUAAAAAUUCAAUAAGUUCACUUUUUUUCUGGUUGAUUCUAUGCAGCAUGGAUAGCCUCCAUACAUUAUAAUUCUGAUUAUUAUUCAGUAACAUGGGUGCAAAAAUGAUGCUUUUUAAAAGGGAUAGUAGUACUCAGGAAGGAGUCAUAAACUGCUUCUGGUUUUUUUGUUUUGUUUUGUUUUGUUUUUUAAACAGUCUUGUUUACAGUGCAUUGUAAAGAUAUCCAGGACUCCUCCAUAAUAACAUCUUAUUCAAAAUGUUGAAAUGAACCAUUGGUGGGAUAUACCUAAGGGAAGUCUAUGCUGUUGCCUCCAUUAAGCUCGAAAACAAUAUUCCUAGAACAUUCUUAAGUUAUCAGACUCUUAGUAGAAGAAAUAUUACUUGAAAUUUAAACAAUUUUAAAAAAAAAUCAAUGCCUUCCAGAUAAAGACUAAUCCAGGAAGGAAUUCAAGCCCUUAAAAAGUCAUCUUCUAACCAAAGGCUACCUUUCCUUGUCAUAUUCCCUAAAUUGGUAUACUCUAUAGUUAGUAUCAGCUUGGGUUAAGUGUCUUUUUAUAUGUCAACAAUUUUAUUUUCCAACUCUUUGGAUGUCUCCCAUCAGGAUGGAUUAUAGCAGGGAAAAUUAUCUCCAUGUAUCUAUAAAAUCCAGGAGAAAUCCCAUCUCUCAAAAAAAAAAAAAGCACUUAAGUUAAAUUUUUUUUUCACAAAAUGUUCAUUAUUUUUGCACAGUUACCCUACCUUAUUGUCUGAGUUUAUCAAAUAUAGGUGUCGCAUGCUUAAGACACACCUGCAUAAAGUUAUAUUUUCUUAGAAACAUGGGUAUUUGCAACCAUAGGUUUCGAAAGAAUUAUUGCACAUACUUCCUAUUUUCUAGCAUUCUCAGCAAGACUUUCCCUCUGUUAAUUCCAGAGGCUUCUAAUUUGUCUAUUAGUGAAUUGAUAACCAGUUUUACCUGCCUGUAUGUAUUAGAGAUUUCUGUGCUCAUUGGAAAAAGAAAAAAGAAACUAUAAAAUAAAAAGGAAUUUGCAAACUAAACCCCUUAACUGUGCUUCUAGUUUGUCAACUAAAAUCAAUAAAAAUUUAAAUUUCAUUAAUGUUAA